CGGCGCCGCCGGGUCCUUCCGCCGGCGCAUCCGUAGCCACGUCUCCCGGAAGACCGAACACGGGCAGCCCUGACUAGACUGCGGCCUGGCCCAGAGUUUCUGCUGCUGCUGUCGCUGUCGAGCCUACUUUCCUCCUCUUAUGUUGCUGCUGGGACGAUCUCUGCUCCAGCGAUCGGGGCCCUUAGAGAGCGUGGCUGAGGGUUGAGCAUUUGAUGAUCUAAUUCCAUAUAGUCCUGGUCUUUGACUUCCGUUAUGUCUUGGUUUGCUGAACUCGCUGGGAAGGCAGAGGACCUUCUCAACAAAGUCGAUCAAGGAGCUGCCUCCGCUUUAAGCAAGAAAGACACUGUGGAUAUUGCGUCCUACAGCAAGAGUCACUUGGAUGCUGUCAGUGAGUACCCCAAGCCGCACCAGACUCCAUCUAAAUCGAGCUUUAUCGCUUCAGCAGCCGAUAACAUUAAACACCAGAAGGCCACCAUCCUAGCAGGGACUGCAAAUGUGAAAGUGACGUCCAGGACAUCUGUAGAACCUCUGCCUUCCGUGGAAACGGCUUCCACACCCAGGCCGUCUUCCCAAUUUGUGAGAAGGAAAAAAUCUGAACCAAAUGACGAACUUCUCUUUGACUUUCUCAAUAGCUCUGAAAAGGAACCAAACGGAAGAAUGGACCUCAGGCGGGAGAAAAGCAGAGCAGCCCCUGCUCAGAAUCAUUCUCGGACUUCGAGCAUGAGCUCCGUCUCGGCCAGUUCACAGAGUAUCAAAACUGGAGAAGAUGUUUCUCUCCGGAGUCAAAACGAUACUCCCAGUAGCUCCAGUUCUGGCCUAGAGACAGAUGUGGAUGUUAAAAAAGAGUCACCACCAAGUGCGGAAGUGAACCCAAGCCUGGCACCCAACGACAGCACAUCCCACGAGCUUUCCAAUCUCCGACUGGAGAAUCAGCUGCUGCGGAAUGAAGUGCAGUCUUUAAACCAAGAAAUGGCCGCGUUAAUUCAGCGAUCAACGGAAACCCAAAAAGAGCUGAACAAUGCCCGAGCAAGGGUUGAAAAGUGGAAUGUCGACAAUUCCAAGAAUGACAGGCUUGUUCGCGAACUUCAGGCUCGGGUGGACGAUCUGACGGAAGCUGCCUCUGCCAAGGAUUCCCAGUUGGCUGUCCUGAAAGUGAGGCUGCAGGAAGCUGAUCAGCUGCUGAAUUCACGGACUGAAGCUCUGGAAACCCUGAAGACGGAAAAAUCUCGAAUAUUACAGGAUAACUGUGAAGGGAACAGCUUGCACAACCAAGCCCUUCAGACCCUUCAGGAGAGGUUACACGAUGCAGAGUCCGCGUUCAAACGGGAGCAAGACGGCUACAAACAGAUGCAGAACGAGUUUGCAGCCCGCCUCAGCAAAAUGGAAGUCGAACGUCAGAGCUUGGCAGAAGCCGUGACUGCAGCCGAGAGGAAGUGCACGGAGGAGAAGCGGAGAGCCGAUGAACUUCAGCAACAAGUCAAAGUAGCCAAAACCAACCUGGAGUCUGCUAAACAAGAACUGGUUGACUACAAGCAAAAAGCUACACGCAUUCUCCAGUCUAAAGAAAAGUUGAUCAACAGCCUGAAAGAAGGCUCCGGCAUUGAAGGCCUGGACAGCCAAACGGCCAGCAUCAUGGAGCUGGAGGAGCUGAGGCACGAGCGAGAGAUGCAGAAGGAGGAAAUGCAAAGGCUUCGGGGGCAGAUGCAGCAGCUGAGGACGGAGCUCCAGGAUAUGGAAGCACAGCAGAUGAGCGAAGCAGAGUCCACCAGAGAACAGAUUCAGGAUUUGCAGGACCAAAUCUCAGUGCACAAAACAGCCAAGCAGGAAGUCGAGGCUGAACUGGAGAGGCAGAAACAGGAGCUCCGCUAUACUGAAGAAGAAUUGUACCGGACAAAGAAUACAUUGCAAAGUCGAAUAUCAGACAGAGAAGAAGAAAUUCAGAAGCUUAGAAACCAGCUAACCAACAAAACACUGAGCAGCAGUAGUCAGUCUGAGCUGGAAAACAGGCUACAUCAGCUGACAGAAACACUAAUUCAGAAACAGACCGUGCUGGAGAGUCUCAGCACGGAAAAGAACUCCUUGGUCUACCAGCUGGAGCGAAUGGAGCAGCAGCUGAAGGCUGUCCAAGGCAAUUCAGCAAACGGUCCCUCCAUUAACAUGCCUGGAAUUGACAGCAGUGAAGGCACUCGUAUGCGAAAUGUUCCUGUCCUUUUUAGUGAUAUCGACGUUAAUGUGGCGGGGAUGUAUGGCAGAGUCCGCAAAGCUGCCAGCAGUAUAGACCAGUUCAGCAUUCGAUUAGGAAUCUUUCUACGACGGUAUCCCAUUGCAAGGGUGUUUGUAAUCAUUUAUAUGGUGUUGCUUCACCUGUGGGUCAUGGUGGUUCUCCUUACCUAUACUCCAGAGAUGCAUCACGACAAUCCAAGCGGGAACUAAAACACGACCCUGGAACAGCACUCACCCCAAGGAUUAAUAAAGUUUUUACUGCUGGUGUAUUUAAAGCAACUGAUUUCUCUGGAAAGGGAAAACUUUGAAGAACAGGACAGCUGCCAUGUCUGUUCUGUUGCUGCUUGGGCAAACUUAAAUUAUUUGGCAGACAUUCUGAGUUCCUUUCACUUCCAUAAAGCAAAAGCAGUUUCCUUGAUAAAAGGCUGCUUGAGUGAACUCCGUUCUAUUUUCAUCAUUCUCCUCUAAGGGUACAUGCACAUCAGCACAUGUACACCUGCAGAGUGCAGAUGUACAAGCUGUAUUCUCAAUCCUAUAGGAAACGGGCUGUAAUCAGGGAAAUUAAUUAUGCUUAGAAGCUGAAAUAAACUAUUCCCCCCCCCCCCCGUUACUACAGUUGUUUCUACACCUUUUAACUGUGUAAAUAUACAAAUUCAGCUUUUCUUUAACGCAUACAUUUCUGGCAGAUCUGACAGCUGU